AUGAUAUCCCAUCUUGCGGCUUACUUUCUGUGGGCGGGAGUGUGCUUCCUGAAAGCAGAGGCGUCCAUGUGCCGAUCGAAUCUUCUAGUCGACGAUUUCUCACAGUUCAACUCCAAAACCAACAGCCUGGGCUACAAAGCUAGUGACGACGGCUCCAUGGUAUCCAUCCACUCGUCCGGCAACACCAUCGCCUUCGUACCAGGCAACCGGUCCUACUUCUACGAAAUGCUGCCCUGCACCGACGCCGUCGAGUCCGGGUACAGCGCCAUCUCCUUCAAGAUGCGGGCGCCCCGCGGCGCCUCCAUCGCCCUCGAGAUCCAAACCAUGACUUCGUGCAUGGAGCAGACGUACAAGAGCACCUGGCACUACGUGAGGGACUUCACCGGCGACCCGGAGAAGGUCGUGGUUCCGCUGAGCGCGUUCCAGGGGGUCCAUGAUAACGCGCUCGUCGGAAUCAACUGGGGCACCUGGGACGAGUAUAUGGACAGGGCUUUUGCGUGGGAGCUGGCGGAUGUGCAGCUCACUUGCUCGAGGAAUCCUCCACCCAACUCGUCGAGUGCCGCGGUGGGAUUGGUCAGUGGGGGAGUAUAA